UUUCGGGGUAUAUAAGGCAGUGACUUAUUAGUAAGAUUUCAGUUUACAAUUGGCCAGCAAACAGAACCAUGAUCAACCGCCGCCAGCGCCUGGAAUUCGCUCUAACCCUUCUGCCCUACGACCCGGAAACAGUGCAGCUAUCCGAGGCCCAAAGGCAGGUGGUGGACAUUAUUGCCCGCCUUCGCACAGAUGACUCUUUUACGGAGGAGGAAAGCGAUGGUGAUGGCAAGACUCUGGACCACCACCAAGAAGAUGCCGAGGCUUUUGCGGAUCGUGCCAUGCGCCAGAUCGAGUUGACGGACAAUGGAAAGCUGAGCACUCUGGAAACUCUGACCCGGGCUGCUGAGAAGUUGCUCAAAACCCAAAAUUGCAACGAUGCGGUGGAGGAAGAGGAGGAUCAAGACUAUGACGACUUUGUCAGAGAUGUGGAGACAACGCAGCUCAUGAGGAACACCAUCCAGACGGUCAACGAGGCGCGGAUGAAGCUGAUCCAGCAGUGGGAGCGCAGCAAGCGUAAGGCCCUGGAUCUCCUCACCAUUGAGAUCGAGAAGGUACAGGAAAUGGACGAGGACCAGGACCAAGAUCAGGAGCAGACUUCGUCGCGCUUUGAGAUGUUCCGCGAGGGAACCGAGGAGCACAACACCUCCACGCCCAAGACCAAUGACGAGGACACGGUCAUCGACGAUGACGAUGAGGAAUAUGUGCCAGAUGGCGACGAGGGCUCGUCGUCAGCCGGGACCAAGAGAAAGCGCAGCAAGAAGCCGGUGACCUCCACGCCGAAUGCCAAGCGUCCGUGUCCGGGCUUCGAGUUCGACCAGGACAAUAGGUCGCCGAUGGUAAUGAUCGGUCCGAAUGGCACCAAGGUAUUACGCAGCAGUCUCAGUGCCAUCAAUUGGGACAUGACCGGACCCUCCAUCACCCGCAAGCUGCUGUGCGAGAUCUUCGACCGGGACACGCUGGCCCACCACACGCUCUCCGGGAAGCCGUCGCCGGCCUUCAAGGAUUGCGCCCGGCCCAGCAAGCAGCAGCUGGACCCAUUGAAGGUGGCCGAUCUGGUCUACCUGAUGACCAACAGCAUGGACAUGACGCCCAGGGAAGUACGCACAGCGAUCACCACGAAGUGUGCCGAUGAGAACAAGAUGCUACGCUCCAAGCUGCAGCGCUGUCAGCGAAAGAAGAAGUAGAUCCCUUUUGAGGAUUCUCUAGAAUGCCUAUUGAUAUCCCUACUAAAUAUUUCUUAAAGUAACCUUAGUUCCGGCUCAGCCGAAAAUAGCCAGUGCAUCGAAAAACCAAUAAAAUGAUCAAUUUCUUACCCACAA